CUGGACCACGCACAUCAAAUUUAGAGAACAAGUUUUCGUUUUUACUGCGUCUCGUCUCGGCAUUUACUAUGCAGCGUCGUGGGAGCGAGUACGAGCUACUCGAUUCAUUACACCACCAGUAUUAACAGUAGUCUUCACCCACGAAUACGUGUACAGUGCCGCGACAGACAUACCGAGGUUAUGCAGCAUCGGUGUGUUUAUUUUCCAAAUUACGUCACCUCCUAAAUCACUAGAUCGAUCUAAAACAGGUAGUUGUUGAUGAAUAUCUCUUAUAAGACUGACGUGUAGUGUAGUGAAGUUAAUCCGUGUUCGGCCAAAAAUAAAAAUGUUGAAAGCUUGUUGGGAUUGCAUAUCCGGGGCUAUCGAUAAUAGAAAUCAAGUGCAGAAUGAGGAGUCGUACGGUGUUCAUUUGAACGGGAACACGCAAGGGGCACCGCCUUGGCCACAGCCGCAGACAGAAAACGAGACAAUGUUCCUGCUGCCGAGAAAACUACAAUAUGAGGACAACAUCCUGAUCUCAGGGCAAAUGACAAACCAGCCGCAAUUGCUUACAGUAAACCUGGUAACAGAUUCAAAUGGAAUGCCAGACUAUCAAAACAUUGCCUGUCAAGUAGAGGUGCGAUUUAACGAAGACAAAACUUACUUAAAAACAAUAAUAAAUGGAAAUGUAGAAACUAUAAAUUCAGAUAGUCCAUCAGAAUUGUUUGGAGAUUCUUCAUUUGAUUUUGAGUUUAAGAUAACCUAUCGGGGUCCUGCUGUGGAAAUCUACAAAGGGGAUUCAUACCUUGGGCAGGUAGACCUGAAGCACAGUAUAGACUAUAUCAGAUAUCUGACUGUAUACGGUGAUGUACAAAAAGUUAAUAAGUUAGAAUUUAAAUUUGUAUAAUUUAGAUACUUACAAGGUUGUAUAAAAAGUAUUGAUUUUAUUGCAUUCAUAGAAAUAUAUUUGUUAGUAUGUAUUUGAUAUUGAGUCCCUGCUAUCUUAUCAUCACACUAUAGAAAAUGCAGGACAACUAGAUUAUUGAGCAUGAGUAUUCAGAUUACUGAGUAAUAUAAUAAUAAUAAUAAUUACAUUUAAAAAUUAUUACUUAGUUCAUGAAAUAACUAAUAAUAAAUAGUUUUAUUCAUUUGUUCUCAUUAGUUUGAUCGUCGAAGUUGAAAAUUAAAGUCUCAUUGGUUCUACUGCAUUUACUUGAGUUACUACUAGUUGAACCUCGUUUUUUGACUCUGGUAUAUUCUAUUCGCCCAGACAACAUGUAAAUCUGCAAAAUUUUGCUAAAAACAUAGCAAAAUACUGAAGUGCAAUAAGUGUCACUUUAAUUCUCGCUACUUCGACCGUCGAACAAAAUGGGAAUGAAAUCUCACUACCUAUAGUUCAACGGUCGAACUAAUGAAUCAAACUAGUGAGAAGACCAAUUUUAUUUUGACGUUAUUUAUUAUAGCGCAUUUAUUACCCAGUGAUACCUAUCUUGACAUUGCAUUUAGUUUUGUGAAGACACAAAUAAGUGUGUGUUAUUUCAUUAUUCCAUAGUUCAAUUCAUGUAAUUUAAUGAUUGACUAUUUUAAUUUAUUAGCGAUUUUUAUUUAUAAAUACCCUAGUGAUUGAACAUUUAUUAUACCUACAGAGCAGAUAUAAUAUAGUAUACUUAAUUUAUUUUAUUACCUAAUUAUUUUUAUAGUUAUAAGUAUAACACUUGUUGUGCGGCUUAAUGUCUUUCUAUGUUUAGUCAUCGAGAAAAUCCCACCAUAAAGUAUAGAAUAUAUUUUUUAUGUUGUAGGUAUAUACAUACCUAUUAUUUCAUGUUAAGGAUAUGAUAAUUGUUACUAAAAUGAUAGAAACUACAGAACGUGUUAUAGACAUAAUUCAUCUAAACUUGAUGAGCAACAUAUUUGUAUGUGCAAGAAUAAUUACCGAAAAAAAGUUUUGAAAAUUUUGUAUUAAAAUACAAAAAUAACCAUUUUUAAAGUCCGUAAAAAACUGACAAUAAAUAUCAUUUUAUAAUAGGUAGGUAGCUAAUGAUUUUGCAGUAUUUUCUGUAGUGUGACUAUGCUUCUAAAUACUCUAGAAAGUGGCCUUACAUUAAUUAUGUCUAGUAUUUAAUUAAGAACUAUUAGAGAAUUAGAAUUCCUGUUUUACUGCAUGUAUUCGCAUUCAUAAGCUGUGCUUAUAAAUAGGUUAAGGUAAAAAGAUCCAGAAACAGAACUUAUCUGCAUUGCAAUUAAUAUUGUAAACACUGUAUGACGUGGACCCGGGAUUUCUUCAUUCAUAAAUCUCUGUUUCCUUAUAUAAUAUGCCAUGUUAUUUGUUAUGCUUUGACAUAAAUUGUAAAUUAUUUAUAUCAUUUCGUUACGUUAUUAGUUGUAGGUACUUUUUCAGCAGCUAUCAGUAUGAAUUCAAUGUAUACAAUACUAGCUACUAAAGUAGCUGGGAUGGUUUUAAGAAAUGAAUAUCCCUGCAUGUGCGGCAAAGAGAACGCUUCUUUGUGCCUAUUACAAAAAAUAUGACUGAACAUAUCAAAUACAGCUAAAUAUUACUGUUUUUAGCGGUAUGUGUUAAGAUACUUGUACCGUAGUAACUAUACUACGUAAACAGAAGGCCCCUCGUCAUACUAGAAUAGCAGCCGCUAAAACGCGCGCAAAUGGAACGCCAAAAGCGAGCACAUGUCACAAUAUACGAAUAUAUGGCCCCUAACGAAACUACUAAAACGUGGCGAGUAUUGGUACUACUAAAUUUAAAAUGUAUGGAAGGGACCACUUUUUUACUCUUUUUAAGUAUAUAAAAUGAUAUUUAAUCCGGUCUUUUGUUUUCGGAUAUCUUAGCCAGCCAGUGAAAAAUGCCUCGACCAACAUAAGUGAAAGCAUAUUGAUUAAUAAAAAAACUGCUUAAUUAA